AUGCAGUCUUUCUAUCAGCACCGCAGGAUCCGCAGAAAGCUCGAGCUACAAUUCGUUACGAGGCAUGAGAAACCCGAAGACAUCUGGACCCACGAGGGCCGCUACUAUUACCGUGAUGGAGAAAUCCAAACAUGCCCUCAUGAGCCAGAUGACGACCUACCUGCCGAUAGAAGGAGGGAGCAUGGCCACCGUACUUUCAUAUCCGGGCCUUCGCUUUACCCUCGCCAUUCAGUUCGAUCCCAUUUGGAGCGGGAGGGAGACUUUGAGCGAGCGGAUUUCGACCCGGAGCUCCAAACAGAUCCGCAUACUAUCAACACAGAGGAGACGCUGGGAGAUACAACUGAGAUGAUGAUAACUGGCAUUGAGAGACCCCGGCCAGGCAUCGGUGCAGCCGCUGGGAUAUCCGAAGGUGCUCCCGUUGGGGUUGACGACCGUCCUAUCGAAACUGAUUCUGAUAUUGACUCAAUUAAGAAAGACAAACUCAUCGCCGUCACUUUCGAGGGGGAAUGUGAUAAAAUGGAUCCUCACAACUGGAGCUUGGCAUGUCGAAUGUAUACUACGAUUCUUACUUCGCUUCUUGCGUGCGUGAUCUUCUGGUCGUCUACUAUCGAUACCACUGCCCUUACCUCAACCAAGUUAUUGUUUCAUACUAGCCUCGAGGUCCAGACUUUACCAACCGCUAUGUUUUUGAUCGGCUCUGGGCUGGGGGCCUUGGUAACAGCACCUGUAUCAGAACUUUUCGGCCGCAAUCCCGUGUACAUACCGACCAUGGUAGCAUUCAUGCUGUUCAACAUGGGUGCAGGGCUUUCCCAAACAGCGGUACAGCGAAUUAUUUGUCGUGGCCUCGCUGGACUCUUCGGAUCUGCCCCGUCAGUUCUAGCAGCAGCAACUCUCGUAGAUGUCUGGUCCCGCAUUGAGCGAGUCUACGCCUUUCCAGCUUUUUCCAUCAUAGUCUUCACGGGUCCACUGGUCGGCCCAAUACCGGGGUCUGCCGUCGUGAGUGAGACAAGCUGGCGCUGGGUGGACUGGAUGACUAUUAUCUUCGCAGCCCUCAUCCUGGUCCCGGUCAUACUGUUUCUACCAGAGACAUACAGUCCAAUUUUACUAUACUGGAAGGCAAAAGAGCUCCGUCGUCUGACAGGCGAUGACCGAUACCGGUCCCCACUGGAGUUCAAACGAGUCUCGUUCCUCCAUCGCCUACGAACCUCACUAUACCGACCAAUUCUGCUCUUCACGACCGAACCAAUCAUCAUGAUCCACUCGGCCAUCCUCUCCCUCCUCUUCAUUAUUCUGUAUACUUUCGUUGCAGGCUAUGUCGCCAUAUUCGAACAUGAAUACAAAUUCAGCUCGGUUACCACCGCCGUCGCAUUCCUGGGCAUAGAGGUCGGAAUCCUCCUCUCUGCAGCGGUAGUCCCACUGUCAAUGUGGCUCAUGCGCAGAGAGAUCCACCGCAGCCGUGCAAGGGGCCAGUCACGCCCAGACCCGGAAAUCACUCUAUACAUGGGCAUGUUCGGGGCCCCGGCCGUGCCCAUCUCGCUGUUCUGGAUGGGCUGGACGUCCAGGCCGGAGAUCUCGCACUGGAGUCCGCUAAUCGCCUCCGUGCUUUUUGGCUUCGGCACAUUGUGUAUCUUCAUUUCCGCGUAUCAGUAUGUCGCUGAUGCGUUCGAGCUCCAUGUUGCCAGUGCGCUUUCGUCUCUACAGGUGUUGAGACUUGUUUCUGCGGGUGUCAUGGCUAUUGUGGCGGAGAUUAUGUAUCAUGCGCUUGGGAUUGGGAGGACUUUGACGCUUUUGGGUGGUCUUUCGUUGUUGUUUUUGCCUAUGCCGUAUUUGCUUUAUUGGAAGGGGUAUAAAGUGCGGAAGUGGAGUCGGUAUGCGCGUAGUAAUGAGUAG